AUGGUGGAUCUGUCUCUAGUCAACCCUAUCGUCGGCAUGCGCGAUUGGUUCGCCCGCCGCAGCGAUGCACCAAGCAGCAACGCCUCAAGCAGCAACGCCUCAAGCAGCGAUGCAUCAAGCAGCUAUGUAUCAAGCAGCGAUCCGUCGACAGUGAAGAAGGAUCCUCUUACCAGCUUUCCAAGCCCAGAAGAGCUGAGAGAAUACCCGUCGCCAGUGUCGUUCGUGGUGCAGGGCAUGAUAUGCGACCAAAUCCAAUCGCCAUUGUUCGGCAGGAUCCCGGCUGAGAUCAGGAAUGAGAUAUUCAGAUUGGCGCUAACUGAAUACAUCCCUGAGGGCAACGAGUGGACGGGAAAGCUGAGUGAGGUAAAGAGCCCUGGAUUUGGUAAUGUGUACGAAGAGACCAAGCUGCUUCCGCUUCUGGAUCUGGAAGUCUGUCUCUACAUGGCACACAAGCAAAGAGCGCCAAAACCGUACACAAUGUCCCAAUACAUGGGUACACAAACAUACACGCAUCCACGGACUAGUUGGUUCAAACCGGAGCACUGGGCUCGUGUUCACAACUACCAUGUCUUUGGUCAAAUGUAUCUCCUCGAACAGGGAUUCCGCAACCUCUUCCGAAACAGGCUUGACAUCUGCCUCCCAAGUUCCAUGACACUCACUCUACGCUACACAGACUGGUGGAACUGGGAGGUCAAUGCGCCCAUCUUCCCUAUCCAGCAUCAUCUUUUUUUCCCGCUGCGCGACAUCGAGCUGCCUUCCACCGUGCAGAAGAUGACGGUGGAGUUUGAGAACAUCGAGCCAAAGAUUAAACAGCUAGACGCCGUUAUUGGCGAGAUGUUCCAUCGCCGCGAUUACUGGGUUUGGAAGAGAAGGGACGGAAGGAAGUUGACGGUGCGCGGGAAGGGGGUGGAAGGAGAUGGCAUAAAGACGUGGACGUGGACGGGUCCGACAACGUUUGGUUAUAGGAGCCAGAAGUUUCCGCAUCAUGCUAAGGGCGAUACUAUGGAGUAUGUGGUCAAGGUCGUCACUUGGGAAGUUGCCGAAGACGCGGAUGUGGAAGAUGCCGACGGUGUUCACUUUGAGGAGCUGGAAGCUUCAGCAUCAAGUCGGGGCCGUGGGAAACGUGGCGAAAUCGUCAAUAUUGGAGUCGUCGACGAUAAGUGCCAACGCUGCACGAGGACGCGAAUUCAAGAUACUCUUUCCAUCGGGUAA